UUGUAGUUAGCUUCCCGGUGGUCAACAUCCCUUUGUAAAGCACAAAAUACGUCGGAAAACAGUGAUAAUUAGACUGUUAAUUACUCCCGUCACCAGACGUUUCCUCUCCUCCAAAUUUACUCAAUUAAUUUCACAAAUUUCUUUCCUAUUUGUUUCAUUUGUCGAAGAUUCCCUGGGUUUUAAUCGCUUUUGAGGUUAUGGUCGUACCAUUACAUGAAGUUUUUAGAGUCUGACUUGUAAAUACAAAACAAAUCGAGAGAAUCAUGGAGGUUUUAAUUCAGAAUCUGGGAUCGGUUAAAGUACCAAAACGAGAGGAUAAAAUCUACAAGGAUGAGUGUGUUUACUCAUUCGAUACUCCGGAGUCUCCAGAGGGUUUAUUCAUCAGUUUGUCGUCUUUCCAUGGUCUCGGGAGGGAUCAUGUAGAGAGAUACUUUAAGAAAACUGGGCAGACUGUGUUCUUCAACAUCAGAAGGACUAAACAGGCUGUCGUCGACCAAGGUAUCGAUGGUCCUGCCAAGAAGAUCACCAGGUUGGCGAUCGGGACCCCAGGGGGUUUCGUCCCCGACGAGCAAAAGUUCACGUACGAGGAUACCUACCAAAUCGUCGUUAUGCCAAAGUUCUCGACCGUUGACUACCCCAACAACGAUCUCCCAGAGCAUGUGAAGAAUUCGAUAGUCGGGGUAUUGGAGGCUGAAUCUGCUACGAAGGUUGCUGAGAGAGAGGCACUCGCUGGGACUUGGGAUGGAGAAGCCAAAAUCAUCUCCAAACAUGCAGCUAAUCUCCUUCAACUGGACAACGGCAAGAAAAUCCCCCCAACUGGUUGGAAAUGCGAGAAAUGUGAUUUAACCCAGAAUCUCUGGUUGAAUCUCACUGACGGUUCGAUCCUCUGUGGUCGUAAAUUCUACGAUGGAACAGGGGGCAAUGACCACGCAGUGGAGCACUAUAGGGCGACUGGCCACCCACUGGCAGUGAAACUUGGGACAAUCACGAAGGAGGGGACUGGGGACGUCUACUCGUACGACGAGGACGACAUGGUUGACGAUCCGAAUCUGAUAGUUCACCUAGCCCAUUGGGGCAUCAACAUCGCUCAGCUAGAGAAAACGGAGAAGUCCAUGGUGGAACUUGAGCUGGACCUCAAUCAGAAAUUCGGGGAAUGGGUGGCUCUCCAGGAGGCUGCCACCAAAUUGACACCUGUCUAUGGACCUGGAUACACUGGACUCAAUAAUUUGGGAAAUUCUUGUUAUCUUAAUAGUGUUAUGCAGACUAUUUUCGUUAUUCCGGACUUUAUUCAGAGAUUUGUAGAUCCAGCAGUGGAGAUCUUUGAUAGUAACACAGUCGAUCCUGCCAACGAUUUUAACGUUCAAAUGGCAAAAUUGGGAGUUGGUUUGUUAUCUGGGAAGUAUUCAGUGGCCCCUGAGGCUGAAAAAGAGGAUGGGGGUCGACAGGGGGUGCCUCCAAGGAUGUUCAAGAGUCUGAUAGGAAAAGGACAUCCAGGGUUUUCGUCUACUAGACAGCAGGAUGCCCAAGAAUUCUUUCUCCAUCUCAUAAACAUCUUGGACCGUCACAGUGUUCACAAAGUGAACCCAGCCGAUGCCUUCAAAUUCAAAGUUGAGGAGAGAUAUCAGUGCAGCAGUUCCAAUAAAGUCAAGUACUCCUAUCGACCAGAGUACCUGUUACCUCUGCCAAUUCCUCUGGAUGCUGCAACCAAUCUGGAAGAGGUAGCUGCCUACGAAGCCGAGAAAAAAGAAGCUGAAUCCAAGGGGCGUCGUAUGGACACAACGACUCCCCCAGUUCGUCCCCACAUAAAGCUCUCCUCCUGCCUGGAAUCCUUCGCCCGGACAGAAGUAGUCGAGCAGUUCUACAGCACAGCCUUGAACGAUAAGACCACCGCCACAAAGAAGACUCGACUGUCAACAACCCCCGACUAUCUCCUCAUCCACCUGAAGAAGUUCAAUGUCAGCGAGGACUGGACGCCAAUAAAACUGGACGUCGCAGUGGAAAUGCCGGACAUUCUCGAUCUGAAUCUCCUAAGAGGAACUGGAAAGCAGGCAGAUGAGGAAUUACUCCCAGAAUCAGUAGACUCAGACGUUCCAGUGCCAGUCUAUAACGAGGAGAUCAUGGCACAGCUGUCGGAGAUGGGUUUCCACCCAGAGGCCUGCAAACGCGCCCUCUAUUUCACCGAAAACAAGGGCCUGGAGGCAGCCACCAACUGGAUCAUGGAGCACAUCGCUGAUUCUGAUUUCACUGAUGUGUUUGUACCACCAGGGGUGGACCCAAACCCCUCCAAGACAUUUGUCCCUGGUCCUGGGUUGGAGUAUCUCCUCAACCUUGGGUUCACCCAGGAACAGGCUGUCAAGGCUCUCAAGGCCACUGACAAUAAUAUCGAGAGGGCUGUCGAUUGGAUCUUCAGCCAUCAGGGGGACGUUGACUCGGUGGAAAUGGAGGAGGACAAGAGCGAGGGCUUCAGGGAUGGAGGGGAUAGGUAUAAACUCGUUGGGUUUAUCUCGCAUAUGGGGACGUCUACUAUGGUCGGGCACUAUGUGUGCCAUUUGUUGAAGGAUGGACGAUGGGUCAUUUUUAAUGAUGAAAAGGUUGCUCUCUCCGAAAAUCCUCCGAAGGAACUUGGAUACAUCUACAUGUACCAACGCAUCACUUCGUAGCUUCAACGUUUUUUACCGAUUCAAACCUUAAAGAAUGAUUUAACAUAUUAAUAAUGAUUGAGUAUACUAUGAUAAACUUAAUCCAUUUAAUAAAAUUGUUUAUCCCGAAAA